GGAGAUAGAUGGCGAAGUUCCGACAAAUGGGUUCAUCAAUCUUCUUCUUCUUUCUUAUUAUCAUCUCUUUAUGUUCCGCCCACAAAGAGGCGUUUUCUUCUACCGGGUUAGUUCAAAUGGAGUGUUUGAAAGUCCCGCCGUUAGAGUUCGCCCAAGCGGCCAAAACCGUCGUUGAUGCUAUCCAAAAAGCGGUAGCUAUAGUGUCCAAGUUCGACAAGAAACUCGGGAAGUCACGAGUGUCCAAUGCGAUUCUUGAUUGUGUUGAUCUUCUUGAUUCUGCCGCCGAAGAGCUUUCUUGGAUCAUCUCUGCCUCUCAAAAUCCCAACGGUAAAGACAACAGUACAGGGGACGUGGGUUCGGAUCUAAGGACAUGGAUAAGCGCCGCACUUUCUAACCAGGACACGUGUCUUGACGGCUUCGAGGGCACUAAUGGAAUUAUCAAAAAGAUAGUGGCUGGUGGUCUUAGCCGGGUCGGUACGACCGUCCGAAAUCUACUAACGAUGGUUCACUCUCCUCCCUCUAAGCCCAAACCCAAGCCCAUUAAAGCCCACACAAUGACAAAAGCUCAUAGUGGCUUCAGUAAGUUUCCCUCGUGGGUUAAACCCGGUGAUCGGAAGUUGUUGCAAACUGAUAACAUAACGGUUGCUGACGCGGUUGUAGCCGCAGACGGGACCGGAAAUUUCACGACGAUAAGUGACGCAGUGUUGGCUGCACCGGAUUAUAGUACCAAAAGAUAUGUGAUACAUGUGAAAAGAGGUGUAUAUGAGGAGAAUGUGGAGAUUAAGAAGAAGAAAUGGAACAUUAUGAUUGUUGGUGAUGGCAUCGAUGCCACCGUGAUCACCGGUAACCGGAGUUUCAUCGACGGCUGGACUACUUUUCGGUCAGCUACUUUUGCUGUGAGCGGUAGAGGGUUUAUUGGGCGCGAUAUCACAUUCCAAAACACAGCAGGACCGGAAAAGCACCAAGCAGUCGCAAUCCGAUCCGAUACGGAUCUGGGGGUCUUUUAUCGAUGCGCGAUGAGAGGUUACCAAGACACUCUCUAUGCCCAUUCAAUGCGUCAAUUCUUUAGAGAAUGCAUUAUAACAGGCACUGUAGACUUUAUAUUCGGAGACGCCACUGCCGUAUUCCAAAGUUGCCAAAUCAAAGCCAAACAAGGCCUUCCAAACCAGAAGAAUAGCAUCACGGCGCAAGGACGUAAGGAUCCAAAUGAGCCAACCGGAUUCACAAUCCAAUUCAGCAAUAUAGCGGCUGAUACCGACCUACUUCCAAACUCAAAUACUACCGCUACUUACUUAGGUCGACCGUGGAAAUUAUAUUCUAGAACGGUGUUCAUGCAAAACUACAUGAGCGAUGCAAUUAACCCCGAAGGAUGGCUCGAAUGGAACGGAAAUUUUGCGUUGGAUACAUUAUAUUAUGGUGAGUAUAUGAAUAGCGGACCGGGUGCUAGUCUUGACCGCCGUGUUAAGUGGCCAGGAUACCAUGUGUUGAAUACUCCGGCCGAGGCUAAUAAUUUUACGGUCUCUCAACUCAUACAAGGGAACCUGUGGUUACCAUCUACUGGUAUCACGUUCAUUGCUGGUCUAGUCUCGUAAAUUAAUCAUGUUUGAUCGGAUGUUUUUAUAUUACCUUUUCAUACAUCAUAUCUAUUAUACUACACAUUAUUAUUUUUCUUGAUGUUUACUAUUUUGUAUAUGGUUUUGGUGAUAAUUGAACUACAAGUUCUCUAAGUUUGAUAUGUAUUGUAUGAGUUAUUUUUACUAAUAGAAUUAAAGUCAUAUG